ACUAUUACCUUAGAUAUCAACCUCAGGAAUUGAAGAAUUCGGCCUUUGAAUAAUAAGAUAUACCCAUAAUUAAGCGAUACAAGCGGCUACACUGUCAAGUUGGGUGUUUUUGUACUUAUUUUCGGGGUCGGAACAUGGUUUACAUUGUAAACAAUAUCACGCUCGGUUGCUUACGGAGAAAGCCGAAAAGGUCACAUGGCUUGUCACGUGACGCAGUUAUUUACAUCCGUCGCAAAGAAAAAAUGGAUUACGAGACUCCAUCACCAGCUUCGCAAGGAUCAAGUUCAAGUUUAGACAGUCCUGUCAGAGCUAGGGGAAGAGGGCGAGGCCGUUCACGUGCUAGGGGACGAGGCAUAGGUCGUAGCACUGAUAGAUCUAGAACUGGCACAGCACGAGGGAGAAGAGUUGGUGGAAGAGGAGCCCGUGGAAGACGUCAGGGCCAGGAAAGUGACAGGGCAGAAAAUGCAGCAACCAGCUUGCAAGCCAGAAGAACAAGAAUUGAUGAAAUGUCACAUGAAGAGACUAAGUAUAUUUUGCAUCAGACAGCACAGCAGUUUCCUUCUUUGAUUUUUGACUUGGUCAAAGACAGUAGUGGAAACAGUGGAGGUUACCAUCCCAGACCAGAUGGAAACAUGUACAGUCCAGAUUGGUGUUGUGGUAACUGCAGAGAAAUGCCUACACAACCAGAGAAGCUCUGCUGCAAGAAAGAUCUACCAAAUUGUAUAACUUUGCUUCCGCUUAAUUACAGAAAUGUAAAGUUUUUUAAUAACACGCCUUGUUUGCUUUGCCAAAUGAGGAGGACUGGAAGAAAGCCAACAGGCAUGCUGCCUACAGACAAUAUUGCCUACAGACAAUAUAUAUUGUGGCAAGUUGGUCGUCUUGGUACUGGUGACAGACGGGUCAUCCCAAGCUGUGCGGUUUGGAAAAUUAGAGACGGGUUCCCUGAUGAAUUUGGACAGUACACUGGUUUCAAGGCAUUCAGGAUUGCUUAAUUGAUAUCAUAUAUGUGUUAUAUAAGGUAUUUGUCCAAUGAUAAGUAUGAUGUAAAUGAUGAAUUGUUGAAAUAUGUUCACUUAUGUACCAAUGUCCAUGGAUGUUUAAUGAUGAUGAUGAUGUGUCAUAGAUAAGUUUGUAUAAUCAUGUUUUGAAAUGGUGAUAUUCACUAAUGUAUCUGUUAUGAUGAUGAUGAUUUUAAAACUGUUAUGAUGAUGAUGAUUUUAAAAUACUUUACAUAUGUAUGUGUAGAUAAGGAAUGUUGAAUUAUAAUGCAUGGGAAGAUUGUAAGAAAUCUUGUAAUUUAAAUAAUGUGGAUGGUUACUGAAAAUUUGUGUCAGUGCCAAAUAAAACAACGAGCAUC